AUGUAUGUGUUUAAUAAAAGAGAUUAUUCUACUCUGUCACAACAUGUAAAUUAUGAUUAUCAAUUUUUCAUUCUCUGCCGGUAUGUUUGUAGUCAUUUUAAGAAAGACAGAAAUAAUAAAAAUUUCGAAUGUUCGAAUACUUACAAAUAUCAACCGAUAACAAAUAAUUAUUUAUCAAUUCACGAUAAGGUGACAAUCUACUUUAUAAGGAUAACACAAAUAUCUAUUUUACCAGCGGAAUUGCCUGAAGACGAGAAUUGGAGAAGGGAACGUAUAACGAAAAAUUCUACAAGGGGCUAUAUUUCUAUUGCGAUGCAUACAUCUGUUAUUUUAAAAAUUCAUUUAGAAGGGUUAUUUAGAAUAUUAGAUGUAGAAAACGGCAUAGCCGUAGCAUCAGUUUCGCAGAUUUAUAUACUCAUCUUGUCGGAACUGAAGAUAGAUCCUAUCACGAAAUUAUUGGAAACGGCUUUGCCUUGUUUUAUCUUUGCAUUAACUUAUUUCAACUUUUUAUCGAAAAUAAAGGAACUUCUUUUUCGUAUUAAAUCCGAUUGGAAUAAUAUGACAAACCAGUCUGAAUUGAUAAUAUUAAAAGCAUAUGCUAAUCGAAGCAGAAUGUGUACAAUAUUAAUCGCAAUUGCUUUUUAUGUGUAUAUUACGAUUCUAAUGCUACCAUCCGUGAUACAUGUUAUAUUAUAUAUCUUUGGUGUAAUGGAUGAAACCGAAUUAAUAUUACCAAUCUCUGUUGAUUACUUUUUGAAAGAUCAAGCGAAUUUCUAUUUCGCACUAUUCUACGAAUACGCAUGCUUAAUCGUCUUAAGCACGAUUGGAAUAACACAUUGUUCUAUAUUCGUGUCAUUUAUACAGCAUACCUGCGCUCUUUUCAAUAUCGUCGCAUGGAAGAUACAGAAAAGACAUAAAAGGAAUUCGCACAAUUUCUAUCGUACAUACAAUUUUAUUAAUUAUAACGAAGAGUAUGAGUGGAUUAUCGAUAUCAUAAAAUCCUACGACAAUGUCAUCGAGUUUGUAACGAAUUUCACAAAACUGUUCGUCGAUUUUGUAAAACUUUAUCAUGGGAAAAUUUGUCUUUUCGAGGCGAUAUUCGCAAUGCUUUUGAUUAUCUUAAAUUAUAUUUACUUAUUUCAGAUACUAUCCUUUACUAUAAAUUUGAGCCAAGUAUUACAAAAGACUAAUUAUAUCUUUGGAUCUAUGUGCCAAAUUCCAUUUUACACGUUAUCUUUGAAAACGCAAAAAAUUUUACUAUUUAUGAUAAUGAAGAGCAUGAUGCCAUGCAAUCUUUCUAUUAAAGGAGUGAUCGUAUUAUCCCAUUAUCUUUUUGGCACGUUUAUGAAAACCUCAUUUUCCUACGCCAUGGUAUUUUGUAGUUCGAUGUAA